AUGGAAACAGGCGUCUCGGAGCCCGCGGUGGCUGUGCUUCACCAGGAUGAUAAGCCGAGCUGUGCUGCUGCUGCUGCCGCGUCAGAACCGGUAUCUUUUGCGGAUCAGGCAGUUAUAUCAGAAGUUGUUAAUUCCGUUGUGGAUAGUGCAUGCACAGAUUGCAAGGACCGUGAUUGCGAUGAGGAGCAUUUCGCUGAUCGCUUCAAAAUCUCUGAUCCAACGAAUUUCAGAUUUUUUGAAACGAUAUCCCAAGUGCGGCCGGAAAAUCAAGCUUUUAAAUCCGAAGAAAACGUCGUCCCCCCGUGCAAAACCAAUUCGUCCAUCAUAGAGCAUGAGUACGACAAUUUACCGGCUAUUGAAGAGCUCAGUAUUCACGUACUCGAGGAUAUUCCACUUGUGCAGUUUGGAAAAGUUGUUAGUAUUGUUGAUAGACAAGGUAAGCUCCACAGCUUUUCAUUUUUGCUAAACUUGCAGUGCCCGUAA